CAAAAAAAAAAAAAAUUCCGGAAAGGUCCUUUUCUUUCCAAAAUCAAACCAACGCCGUUGCGAAAUUACGGUCAUUUGCCCAAGUUCCCACCAAACCCGCUAUUGCGCUAGCCGGCCCAAAACCCAAAAAAAAAUAAAUAAAUAAAAUAAAAAAAGGUUCUAAAUUGCCCGUUUCUUGCUCCAUUCCAAAUUCAAACUGGUUCAAGCUAAGGUCUGUAUUUGUGAGUUUGUGUCUCGGAAAAGAAGAAGAAGAAAUGCUGCACGAGCUGUUGCUAGCACUGUUAGGAUACACCGGCGAUCUCAUCAUCGACGAGAGAGAGCAUCAGAAAUCUCUCGGCAUCGGAUUAGCUCCCGGCGCUCCCAUUUCCGACGAGCCUACUUUCAAGCUCGCUCCUGAUAUCUCUUUCCUCCAACCAAGCGAAAAGGAUCUAAUCGAGAGGAUCGUCACCUUAGGGUUUUAUUAUAGGGAGCUCGAACGCUUUGCCACCAAGUCUCGGAAUUUAAGCUGGAUAAGGUCGGGGAAGGUUUGUCCUUUAGAAACCACUUCGGAAUUAACUAAAGCAAGGACUGAAAAGCACAGUGUGUAUCGUCGAGCCAUCGCUAAUGGCAUCGUCGAGAUACUAUCGGUCUAUAGGUCUGCUGUUCUCCACAUUGAGCAGAAAUUGUUGUCCGAAACGGUCCCCAUUUUGGCCACAGUUACUCAGGGCCUCAAUAAGUUUUUUGUUCUUUUACCGCCUCUCUAUGAGUUAGUUCUGGAGAUUGAGCGCGACGAUAUUCGUGGAGGUCAACUUCUUAACCUUUUGCACAGACGAUGCCACUGUGGGGUGCCCGAAUUGCAGACAUGCAUCCAGAGGCUUCUUUGGCAUGGACACCAGGUCAUGUAUAACCAGCUUGCUUCAUGGAUGGUUUAUGGGAUUCUUCAAGACCAGUAUGGAGAGUUUUUCAUUGGGAGGCAGGAAGACAGGGAUUUAGAGCAUGGUUCAUCUCAGCCAGACAUAUCAGAGAAGUUGGCACGCUUGUCAACUGAUGAUACAUCUUUAACAGAUUGGCACUUGGGAUUUCAUAUUUUUUUGGAUAUGCUACCCGAGUAUAUUCAUAUGCGUGUUGCAGAAUCGAUUUUAUUCGCGGGUAAAGCCAUUAGGGUCCUUCGCAACCCAAGCCACACUUAUCGUUUUCAGGAUGCUGUAUAUCAUCAGCAGAUCCCAAAGGGAACUCAGAAAUUUCAAUAUACUGGACAUUUUUCUUUCCAGAAUGAGCUUUCUGCUGAUAAAGAAUUUAUCGGAGAAGAAUUGCUUCCACAGUCUGAGGCUGAUAAGAUUGAAGCUAUGCUAUCAGAUUUAAAGGAAUCAUCUGAAUUUCACAAAAGAUCAUUUGAAUAUGCUGUUGAUUCCAUUCGGGCUAUUGCAGCUAGUCAUCUUUGGCAGCUUGUGGUUGUACGUGCUGACUUGAAUGGCCACCUGAAGGCUCUAAAAGACUAUUUUCUUAUGGCCAAAGGAGAUUUCUUUCAGUGUUUUCUUGAGGAGAGUCGCCAAUUGAUGCGUUUACCACCCCGUCAGUCAACUGCUGAAGCUGAUCUUAUGGUCCCUUUUCAGUUGGCUGCAAUAAAGACUAUUAGUGAGGAAGACAAAUAUUUCUCUAGAGUAUCUUUGCGGAUGCCUUCAUUUGGAUUGUCUGUUAAAUCCUCUCAAGGGGAGUUAUCGAAAGAUGGAAACUCUGGUGCUACUUCAGAAGUAGCCCUUGAUGGCUGGGAUGGAAUUGCUCUGGAGUACACUGUUGAUUGGCCUCUACAAUUGUUCUUUACCCAAGAAGUGCUCUCUAAGUACUGCAGGAUCUUUCAAUAUUUGCUUCGCCUUAAGAGAACGCAAAUGGAGUUAGAGAAAUCAUGGGCCUCUGUAAUGCACCAAGAUCACACAGAUUUUGCCAAACGUCGCAAUGACCGCAUAAAUUGUUCAGUAUCACAACAGCGACGACAGCGAUUCAGACCGAUGUGGCGUAUUCGAGAGCAUAUGGCAUUCUUGAUCAGAAAUCUUCAAUUUUAUAUACAGGUGGAUGUGAUAGAAUCCCAAUGGAACGUUUUGCAAGCUCACAUUCAAGAUUCUCAUGAUUUUACUGAACUUGUGGGUUUCCAUCAAGAAUAUCUGUCAGCCUUAAUUUCACAAUCUUUCUUGGACAUCGGCUCUUUAUCAAGAAUACUGGACAGCAUAAUGAAACUUUGCCUUCAGUUUUGCUGGAACAUUGAGAACCAAGAAAGCAGCACAAAUACUUCUGAACUAGAACAUAUAACGGAGGAGUUUAACAAGAAAUCAAACUCCUUGUACACUAUACUGCGCAGCAGCAGACUUGUUGGGAGCCAGCGAGCCCCAUUUCUGAGACGUUUUCUUAUGCGUUUGAACUUCAAUUCAUUCUUUGAGGCAACUGCAAGAGGAGUGCUGAAUGUUGUAAGACCUCGUCCGGCACUUACAGUUUUGAAUCAACAAUAGCAUCAGUUCGCUCGUGAAUUUAUAAGAGUAAACAUGCCAUAUGAGCGCUGGUAAAGUCGUUUUAUUUAAAGAUGUCUAUUCAACAGCUUGGUGUUCUUCCUCGGUUGAUCCUAUUUUGGGGGGUCCGUGAGGCUUCUGUUAAACAUCAGAUUGAAGGUGAGGUAGUGAUACUGGUAACCUGCUCUGGCUGAAGGCUUGCUCAUAUUAAUGGUGCAGUGGUAGAUGACCUUCGGCGCUUUGGAUUGAUUGCUUGGGUUUGUGGAUCCGAUGAUGUUUUUUUUUUGGUUGUAAUCAAUGCCGGCCUAGAGGUGCUGUUUUGGGAAUCUCACUCACAUUUGAGGUUGCUGGUCCAUUCCCUAACGUGGGCUGUAAAAGUAGAGAGAAGAAAAAGAAAGGUAAAUAAUUGAAGUAAGGAAUUUUUGGUUAGAUUGGGUACAGUUUCCUUGGAUUGUAAUUGUUAAUAUACCAUGCAUUUAUUCUUUUGUUUCGUUUAGACCUUUUCUGGUGGGUUAAAUAUAGAAAAGGUGUUAGAUUUUUCCUUUUAUCUAUUCGAUCUGAAGCAGAGGGAGUUAUCAUCAUAUGUCAAAUCAAAUUUCUUCGUGUUAUUAUUAUUAUCAUUAUUAUUUGCUUUUAUUUGGCUAA